CAAUUUCAAUAAUAAUAAUAAUAAUAAUCAUUUCACAUACAACGGUCCAUUAUCCUCAUAAAACCAUCAAAUCUUAUUAACAUUUUGCUUACUCUCUUUCAAUGGAAACUAUCACUACUGUUACAUCUAUCUCUUCCACCUCCACCACCGAUGCUAAGAUUCAGCGAGUAACUAAGAAAUCUUCCGAUGAACUGCUAAGAAAAUUCGCUCAAGUGGGUACCAACGAGAAGAAAGAGCUGCGUAUCAUCAAACGCAGGAAGAAGAUGAAGGAGAAUCAUUCCGAUAGCCAGAGCCCUUCGAAAGCCGGCUCCGCCAUUGUCGAAAGGAGGUCGCUGCUGCCGCCAACCGUGAGCCGGAGGUCGGUGUUGCUCCGGCAGCUUAGGGUUAGAGAUAACAGAAACAAGUCAUCUAUCUUGGGAACCAUUCAGAAAACAUGGCGUACAACAGUUGAAGGUGCUUCUAGAGUUUUCAUGGAAAAGCAUUAUCAUCGUCAUAAGCGUUUGAUCAAUGAUAUUGUUUGAGCAAUUACAAGCUAAGCAAGUUUCUAAUCAGAUGAAAGCAAGGCUCACUUUAUGUAUAUUUAACUCUUGGUUUAAUUCAGUUGUUAUGUUUUUUUUCUUCUUAUUAUUUUCUUUUCACUAAUUGUAUUCUUUUUGACUUCAAGUAUCAAUUAAAAUUGCAUUUUUUUAAA